AUGGCUGAAGAGCAAAUUAAAGCACUUCGAAUCAAACGCGGUGCAACUAAACGUGCUCUAACAGCAUACGAAAAUUUUCUUAAUCAUUUUAAUCCAGAGGAAGACUUUCCUGCUCUAGAAAAAAGGUAUAAAGAAAUAGAAAAGACUCGUGAAUCCUUUGUAUCGUAUCAAGACGAUUUAGAAUUAUUAGAGGCAGAGUCAGAUGAGUUACAUGCUCACAGAACUGAAUUCGAGGACCGUUACUUCAAGGCACACAGCACUGCCACUAAACUUUUGUCCAAAACAAUAAAUACUCGACCUCAAUCGCCAGCUUCUGCUGCAUUAAAUAACGAACUUCCUCGUGAUACAGUAGUACCACAAGAUGUAGCAUUAGUUUCAACUCAGUCGGAUAACAAUAAUCAGGUGCUGGAAUUACCAGAGGUAAUUACAGUCAAUGAUCUGCAAACUACGGUCGCGACCUCCCAGACUAAUCAUUCAAAUGCUGCACCUCAGAAUUUCAUUGAUGCAAAUAAACAGUCGCUGCCUGACAUCACUUUGCCAACGUUUGACGGCUCUUUCGAUUCGUGGCUGGGUUUUCAUGAUCUGUUUAGCUCGUUAAUACACGAAGAUACUUCUAUAUCAGCUAUUCGGAAGCUAUUUUAUUUGAAGGGCUGUCUUACGGGAGAAGCAGCCAAUGUAAUUGCGUCUAUCGAAUCGUCUUCUCAGAAUUAUGAAGUAGCUUGGAAUUUGCUCAAAGAACGAUAUGAUGAUAGAAAAGUUAUUCGGGAAGGUUAUAUCCAAGCUCUGUUUGACACGCCUUCAAUAUCUAAAGAAUUCUCCACGCGAUCAUUUGUGGAUCAUGUUCUCAAAAAUUUACGUGCUCUUAAAACGUUAGGAGAGCCCAUUGAAUCAUGGAACGCGAUAAUAGUUGUCAUGCUCCGAAAUAAAUUGUAUAAUAAGCUCAAAGAACGAUGGGAAGAUCACUCCAGUAGUAUUCCCAAUCCCACUAUCGAUCAAAUGAUAACAUUUCUCACAAAGCGAGCUCACGUCGAGAGCCUGCGCUCGCAAGCAUUCGCUAAACAGUCAAGCUCCAAAUCCAAGACCUCUGGGCCACCGAGGCAAGCUUUUGCCACCUCAGUCUUUCAAGCCCGAUGUGUCCAUUGUUCUAGUGAUGAUCACUAUAUUAACAAUUGUAGUAAAUUUCUCGAGUUAAGGCCCUUUUCUCGAUAUGAAUUAGCAAAGAGAAAUGGGUGGUGCACUAAUUGCUUGCGUAAAUCGCAUCAUUCUCGCCAGUGCAUCUCGAAAAGUAAAUGCCGCACGUGUGACAGUCGGCACAACACACUCCUGCAUUUCGAUAGGUCACAGAACUCAUCUGUGGAACAGGAUCCGCCACCUUCAUCUUCAAGGUCUAGCGCUAAGAUCCAAAGUAUGCAUGCUCUCGUUUCUUCAGAGGCAUUAUUGGCCACGGCAUUGGUCGACAUAGUAAAUGCUCAAGGGGUAUCUAGGCCGUGUCGUGUUUUCUUGGACGCAGGCUCUCAAGCCCAUUUUAUAACCGAAGCAACCGCUCGUUUUUUAAAACUGGAUCGAACGUCAGUUAACAUUGCCGUCAACGGCGUUGACGAUCUGUGCACCAACAUAACGCAUUCCGCUCGGGCAACAAUUCAGUCUCGGUUUAGCAAAUUUUCGAAAAAUGUGGAGUUUUUAAUAAUACCACAGAUUAGUAGAGCAAUGCCUUCCAUGGCAAUUGAUUUGGCCCAUCUGAAGAUACCCAAGAACAUUGUCUUGGCAGACCCAGAAUUCUUCAAGCCAUCCGCAGUAGAUGCUCUCAUAGGUGUUGAUUUAUUCUAUAAACUUUUAAGCAUAGGCCAAAUUUCUCUAAAAAACCAGCCUGAUGCAGUGUUACAGAAGACUGAGCUCGGUUGGAUAGUUGCAGGCAGACUAAACAACUCUUUUAAAAAACCAAAUAUAUCUUGUCAUCUCGCAAUGAGUCAGCAAAUCCCUGACUUUGAACUCACUCGGUUUUGGGAAAUAGAGGAAUUAUCCAAUCCUAAAGAUUUGUCCCCUGAAGAAAGGCUGUGUGAGGAGCAUUAUCUAUCUCACACUACAAGGGACUCAUCUGGUCGAUAUGUAGUUCGAUUGCCUUUUAAUAGCAAUCAAUCAAAGCUGAGGGACCCUUACACCUCAGCUUCUCGCCGUUUCCACUCACUGGAGAAACGGCUCAUUCGAGACAAAACAAUGUCCCCUGAUUAUAUUGCAUUUCUGGAUGAAUACAUCGAUUUAAAUCAUAUGUCUAUCGCAGAUAGCGCAUGCGAUUCAGCACAGGGAUUCUACCUUCCGCAUCAUGCUGUCAUAAAGCAAGAUAGCAUUACCACGAAAACUCGAGUAGUUUUUGACGGGUCCGCCAAAACCUCAAGCGGGAUUUCCUUGAACGAUACCUUGAUGGUGGGUCCAAAACUUCAAGAUGACUUAUUCAUUAUUCUUACUCGCUAUCGCUCAUAUACUUUCGUCCUCACGGCCGAUAUCGAAAAAAUGUAUCGUCAGGUUUUAGUGCAUCCAGAGGACAGAAAGUACCAGAAAAUAUUAUUUCGAAGCGAUCCUUCUGAACCCAUAAAAACGUACACACUCAACACCGUCACAUACGGUACUGCAUGUGCCUCUCACUUAGCGACUCGAUCAUUGCAUCAGCUCGCCGAUGAUGAGAGUGAAUCCCAUCCUCGCGCCUCUGUUAUACUUAUAAGAGAUUUUUAUGUCGACGAUCUGCUUACUGGUGCAGAUACGCAUCAUGAGGCUGAAAUUAUUCGCUACGAACUAAACAGUAUAAUGAAAAAGGGUGGCCUCAACUUGAGGAAAUGGGCUUCUAAUGACCCAACUCUUACCCUUAAUUGUGAUGCUCAUCCUAGCAUCACCAACAUGUCGCUUAAUCCAGAUACUACAAUCAAAACAUUGGGCACUCAUUGGAACUCUAAAGAAGAUGCUAUAUUUUACAGUGUAAGUAAGAUCAAGGCUACAGCAGUCACUAAGCGCAGCAUUCUCUCUGAAAUAGCGCAAUUAUUUGAUCCUCUUGGUCUAUUAGGUCCGGUUAUCUUGCACGCAAAAAUAAUACUGCAAUCAUUGUGGAAGGCCGGCGUCAACUGGGACGAAUCCGUUCCCAAUGAAAUUCAUACUGCUUGGCAUCUUAUCGAGAACAACUUCCCCUAA